UAAGAGGUAUUUUUUUCCUUGGAGUUAAUUGAAGAGGCAGCUGAUUGUUUCAGUUUCUCUCGUGGGACAGUCUGCACCUCCUGAAGUCUUGCAGAAACUAACAUAUCUUGUCAUGAGACACUCACACCCUCAAGUCAAGCGUAUUGACACUGUCCGUGCCUACACCUUUGGUGUUCUCUAUUUUGUAGAGGUUGACAUUGAACUCCCCGAAGAGCUACCCCUAAAAGAAGCACAUGCCAUCGGAGAGACCUUGCAGGAGAAGCUAGAGAAACUUCCGGAAGUUGAGCGGGCAUUUGUUCACCUUGAUUAUGAAUGUGAUCACAAGCCAGAGCACUCUGUACUCAGCAGACUACCCAACAAUCAGACUUGAAUUUUGAAUAGCUCAUACAAGUCUGACAUAGAAGAUGUGUUAUAAUCUUAUGGCUUUGUGGAGUUAAAUCGUUCGCCUUGAUUAUUUUUAGUUUAUUUUAUUAUAUGA